AUGGUGUCUGCAUCUCUAUAUCGCGAACAACUUCAGAAGCCAUGGAAGCCCUCAGGACAAAAGAUCUAUGUCUUUACUAAUGUCAAUCUUGUCGAUGUCGAGGCUGGAGUUAUCCACGAGAACUCCACUGUCACACUAUCUGGUGGGCGGAUCGAGGAUAUCAGGCUUCAAUCUCACACCAAUGGCGACAUCGCCGCUCACACCUCAUCCGACGCCGCCACAAGAGUAGAUUUCGGGGGCAAGUACCUCUGCCCAGGCCUGUUCGAUUGCCAUGUACACAUCAUUGCCGUGCCAGGAGAGAGAGAAUGGCAAGAUACCAAGAAUCUGAACCUAACAGCUUCAGCCUACAGACACGCAUAUGUCUGUCAGCAAAUGCUCGAUAGAGGCUUCACCGCAGUGCGAGAUUGCGGCGGUGCAUCACUAGCCCUCAAACAAUCAAUCGAAGACAGUUUAAUCCAAGGCCCUCGAUUAUUCAUCGCCGGUGCAUUCCUGAGUCAAACAGGCGGACACGGAGACACGCGCGGCUCUCACGACCACUCCAACAUCGAAUGCUGCGGCGGCGGUUCAUCAAACUUCCCGUCUUUCAUUUGCGACGGCGCACCAGAGUGUCUGCGGGCAGCUCGGGAAAACAUUCGAACGGGAUCCGACUUUCUUAAGAUCAUGGGCGGUGGUGGUGUUUGCAGUCCGACAGAUCGUAUCGACAAUGUUCAAUUUACGUCGGAGGAAAUUCGCGCCAUUACUACGGUCGCUAAGAAUAGUCAGACAUUUGUGACUUCGCAUGCGUACACCCCGCAAUCGAUCCGGCAGGCGAUGGAGAAUGGGGUGCUGGGUAUCGAGCACGGCAACUUGAUCGACGAGGAAACCGCUGAAUUGAUGGCCGAAAAGGGGGCGUAUCUCACACCCACUUUGGUCACUUAUACUGCGAUGGGAGAGGAGAAGUUUGCCGGAUACAUGCCAGCAGAGUCCAUGGAAAAGAACGCACAGGUGUAUGCUGCAGGAUUACAAGGGUUGAAGAUCGCUGCUGACGCUGGAGUAAACAUCUGCUACGGCUCUGAUCUUCUUGGACAUCUUGGUAUGAAUCAACUUAAUGAGUUCACCAUUCGGAGUCAGGUACUGCCUCCUCUGGCCAUCUUGCAGAGUGCGACUAUAACACCUGCGAAGAUGAUGGGACAGGACAAGUUCCUGGGUCAGAUCAAGGAAGGCUUCGCUGCGGAUUUGCUUGUUUUGAAUGCCAAUCCUUUGGAGGAUAUCACUAUCUUGGCACAGCCGGAAAAACACCUUUUGGCUGUUAUCAAGGACGGGAGAGUAUGUAUGAGUAGAUGGAGGUCGCUUGAUCAAGAUGUUCAUAAGGUGCGGGCAUACAUAGAAUGA